AUUAUUCUGGUUAGCCUCAUCAUAUUAUGUCUGCACUUCGAAAGAAAUUUGGGGACGAUUACCAGGUAGUGACCACUUCAUCCAGCGGCUCUGGAUUUAAUCAGCCCGCUCCGAAAAGAAAGAGGCAACGGUUCGUGGACAAGAACGGGCGAUGCAACGUCCAGCAUGGUAACUUGGGCAGCGAGACCAGCAGAUACCUCUCGGAUUUAUUCACCACCCUAGUCGAUUUGAAAUGGCGCUGGAAUUUGUUCAUUUUCAUCUUGACCUACACCGUAGCCUGGCUGUUUAUGGCAUCUAUGUGGUGGGUGAUAGCGUACAUCAGGGGCGACCUCAACAAAGCCCACGAUGACAAGUACACUCCGUGCGUUGCGAACGUCUAUAACUUUCCUUCGGCUUUCCUUUUCUUUAUUGAGACUGAAGCUACUAUUGGUUAUGGCUACAGGUACAUCACGGACAAAUGCCCAGAAGGCAUUAUUCUGUUUCUUUUUCAGUCAAUCCUCGGAUCCAUCGUAGACGCUUUCUUGAUCGGCUGUAUGUUCAUAAAGAUGUCUCAGCCUAAGAAACGCGCUGAGACCCUAAUGUUCAGCGAACAUGCAGUUAUUUCCAUGAGAGACGGGAAGCUGACUCUCAUGUUCAGGGUGGGCAAUCUCCGAAACAGCCACAUGGUCUCGGCACAGAUCCGCUGCAAACUGUUAAAAUCAAGGCAAACACCCGAGGGAGAGUUUCUCCCCCUUGAUCAGCUGGAGCUGGAUGUGGGUUUCAGCACUGGAGCCGACCAGCUUUUCCUUGUAUCUCCCCUUACCAUUUGUCAUGUGAUCGACGCCAAGAGCCCCUUCUAUGACCUUUCUCAGAGAUCCAUGCAAACAGAGCAAUUUGAAAUCGUUGUCAUCCUUGAAGGCAUAGUGGAGACCACUGGGAUGACCUGUCAGGCAAGGACCUCCUAUACUGAAGAUGAAGUUCUCUGGGGCCAUCGUUUCUUUCCUGUUAUUUCCCUGGAAGAAGGCUUCUUCAAAGUUGACUACUCUCAGUUUCAUGCAACAUUUGAGGUUCCCACACCUCCGUACAGUGUGAAAGAGCAGGAGGAAAUGCUUCUUAUGUCUUCACCUUUAAUGGCACCAUCUUUAAGCAACAGUGGAGAUAGGAAUAACUCAAUGGACUGCUUGGAUACCAUUGAGGAUACCAGUACUAAAUUGCCGUCAAAACUUCAAAAGAUCACAGGAAGGGAAGACCUUCCCAGGAAGUUGUUGCGAAUGAGUUCUACAGCAUCCGAAAAAGCCUAUAGCCUGGGGGAUUUGCCCUUGAAACUUCAGAGAAUCAGCUCUGUCCCAGGAAACUCGGAGGAGAAACUGGUGUCAAAGACCACUAAGAUAAACUCUGACCCCAUGAGCCAAUCAGUUGCAGAUUUGCCACCUAAACUGCAAAAACUUGCAGGUGGAGGAAGGAUGGAUGGGCAUCUUCCUCCAAAACUGAGAAAAAUGAAUUCAGACCGAUUUACAUAACUAAAAUCUCCCUUUUUUAAAUUUGUUUUCUUUUUUUUUUCCUCAUGGCACUAUUUUAAAAUUUGAACAGAAGGACAAGUUUCUGAAAUUUGAGAAAAGAUAAAAGAAAAUAUAUAUUUAUUAUUUACAAAGUAGCAGAAAAUAAAUAGCUCAACAUGCAUUCUAGUCUGUAAGUAUAAAAGCUUUGAUAAAAAAGACCUCAGAUAUUUUUCAGGUCACUGUAAUAUUAGCAUAUACUGGCAUGUAAGAAUCAUAAUCGGCAUGUAAUACUGCAUAUACUUUUUGGCAUGGUAUUUAUAUUACAAUGUUUAUUUUGUGAAACAAAAUGAAACCUUAAGGAGCCAAAUUGUGCUCUCAGCCUCUCGUAAAGCAAAGUCUUUUAGGAGAUGUGUGGAUAUGCUAAAGUAACGAGUUACUUUUAAAUUAUGUUGUUUUAUGUAUGAUAGUGGUUCUAAAUUAAUAUUUUUGAAUGCAUGUCUUGCUUUUGGAAGUAGAGAAGAGAGCUAUUGGAGCCAAAUGUUAAGCCUUAACUUAUAUAACCUAAUUUUGGAAAGUUUUGUUUUGUUAAAAUUUGCUGUUUACUAUUUGGUCUUUAAGAGUUUCAUAUUUUAUCUUGUGGCAGAGCUGUUACAUGUUAGGGCUGGGCAAAAGCAUACUUUUUAUAACUUAAUAGUAUUGUAAUAAAAUUAAUCCUACCUACCACCCCUUAGCAUUCAAUCCGUUACAAAAAAGAAAAAUAAAAAUUGGCCUUUUCUAGUUUUUACUAGAUUGACAUAUUCAAAGCCCUUGUACAUUUAACACCACAUUCAUACAAAAAAUCUGCAUAAUCAAAGCUAAAGCAAUAACUACAUUAUAUUUUUACAGAGUAAAUGCUUUAAUGAGUUGAAUAGCCUUACACCAUAGUCAGAAGUCUUAUAAAGUUUGUCUAUUAUUUUGUAAAUUCUGAACCAAUCACUUUUUAUAUUGUACAUUAUAAGCAUCAUUUCAAGGCAUUUCAUGAAGUACAACUGCAUUUGUAUAUGCAUAGAGUACACACAAGAACACACACAAUUGUUUAUUGUGUUUUAUAUUACCAGAAAAUCCAAAUAUAAAGGCAAACUCCUACAGUAAUCUUGGAUUUUUCUGACCCAUUGAUUGGUGAUAACAUGCUAAUCAUGUGACCACAGUAUACUUUAUACCGUGGGAGUACACCAAUAGCCACUGAAACUGGGGGACCGAGGGUGCUCUGGGUAGCGACCAAAUGAGUGAGAUUGCAGGUUUAAGUGAUUAUAAAGAGGUCCCUGAGCAGGGUUGUUGAGCUCACGCUUUGUAAUAAAGUCAGGAGCUCUACAGUAUUCAGUAGACCUUGGGGUAAAACCACUGCUUUGUAAGUAAUUAGGGCAUGAAUUCAUGUUGACCUUUGGGAACGUACAGUAGAUGGGGGCUAUGGGGAGAACACCAGGAUGCACACUAGACUGAUUAUAUGUCUUGAUUUACCUGAGAGCAUCUGGGAAUUCUCUCGGGAUUCGGAUGGGCUGGUCAGUCCGGCUUGAUAUGCUGCCAUCAUGGCCCUCAACACAGUAGCACAGUAAAAUAAUGAUGAAUAUGCCCACCUCACCAUCCAUUAUAAUGAUGCACAAUCCAUUUACAUUCCCAAGCAAAAAAAACUUCAGGAAGGACAAUCCUUGACUAGUACUGUUUGCAUACUCAAAAUGGCAAGGCCACUUUGAACUGAAAAAUUAUUAAUUGAGCCCAUCUUGUCUCCAAGUGCUAAGAAAAAGGGAAUGCAGCACCCACAACCAAACUCAACUUAAUGUUCUCUCUUCUACUCUGUUAAAGACCACAGUAGUAUUGUAAAUGGCUUCCUUCUUAUUCCCUGUGCUAACCACAUUAGAUUAGUUCCAAAUCCAUGACAUGAACCCACAUUCUCCGUGAGUCUCUUCUUCUUUAGCGGGAUGUGCAAAAACAGGUAAUUAUUCUAUUUUGAGAGUAGGAACAUUUUUUUAGACAUUAUUUUUGCUUUUGAUAGUAUGUUGCGAGACACCGCUGCAUCUCCUACAGAUGGCUCGCACUGGGCUACCAUUAAAGUAGAUAAAAAUAAAGUGAAAUAAGUUGUAUAAUUACAGUUAAUUGUGGUAACCCACAACUGUGAGUGAUCAUCAGAAUUUAGGAGUACAAAAGGACAUUAACUAUUGGAAUGUUUCACUUGCUGUAACCUAUUCAUUGUCAAGUUUCUUUUAUAAAAUAGUAAAAAGAAAGAAAUACAAUUGUCACAUACCUUUUUAAGUUUUAAAAAAUAGCCCCUGUAAUUCUUUUCUCAAAGGCUAACUGCAAAAUUAAAUUGCUCAGAUUGGGUGAUUUAGUUAAGUUAAUGUUUGAACAAAUGUCUAAUCAGGCUAUUUGGUUGUCCAGAAUAAAAUCAAAGAUAUUGACAAUUUUCAAACAAUGAAGCACUUCCAAUUUUCUUGGGAGUCCAGUAAAUAGCUAUUGUAUGUUCUUUUGCUUGUUUUUUUUUAUCUCUGGAAGUUUAGAAAUUUUUCAUUUGUCUGAAACUCAUCUAUAUAAACAAAACGCAUGUAUGUCUCCAAUUAUGAUAAAUUGCCUGGAAAAAAUUGAAUAGCCGACCAACGAGGAUGCAUUUUGUGAACAAGCUGUUUAUGUAGUAAACAUCAGAUCCCAGUAACGUAUAUAAAACUCCAAUAUAACUGACUUUCUGCUAGAGUACUUCAACAUAAGGUAGAAAAUGAAGAAUAAUGGCAGAAAACAAAGAAAAUCAUUCAGUGAUACACAAGCCAAACCCCACAUGUUAUCAUAGAAGAUUUAGUAGAUGAGGGUAAAUAAUUUAAAAAAUAAGAAUACUUAUAUGAAAUAAAUGAUGAUAGAUGCCCAUUCAAUGAAGCCAAAGGUCUUUAAACAUAUGCACCUCAUCUAAUUGAGCAUUUUAAGAAUAUCAUUGCUUCAAUAUCCAGUAAAAGUUCAAAGGCUGCUAAUGACAAAAGCUACUGUACCAUGUAUAGCUAAACAUGUUAUUUGAAAAAUCGUGAAAUAAAAUUCUUAAGAGGACAACUGAAAUUAUAAUGAUCAUUUUUAUAUCUAGAGGGUAGUGCUGCUGCCUCACACAUCCAGCGCUCCAUACCUGGCCCAGUGGUUUCUGCAUUAUCUCCUGUGUCUGCUUAGGUUUCCUCCAAGUCCUCCAAGUGUUACUCCCACAUUCCCAAAAGUUUGCUGCUUGGGUUGACUGGCUUUUCCAAAUUGGACCAGUAUAACUGCAUGCAUGAUCUGUCAACAGCUAUUUUCCACCUAAUCCCUGGCCCUGCAUGAUCCUGAAAUAAAUCAAAACAAUUUUGAGAAUGAGAAAAAAAAAAAAAAAUUUGGAUCCUCUUUUCAUAUAAAUAUAGCUGGUUUGAUGUUCUGUUGGAUAAUCUGCUGUUUUUCUUCUUGGCCUCUCAAAUCCUUCUUAACAAUUGUUGCCAGUAUGUCAUACUGUCACAUUCAAAUGGUAGCACUUUGGAGUUACCACUCAGGCACACAAGGACCAGCAAUGUAGCUCCGUUCCCAACUCAAACAUUUAGUAUGGCUGAUCAGUUCUCUGUAAACCACAUUACAGGUGGGCCUUGGUGGAUGCUCAUGCAUUCCAGUGCCACAUUGAACAUAACUAGUUAUCACCCUUUUACAGGAAGCACAAUGUCUGGCUUGGUAGUGGUGACCUGGAGUGUAAUGGACAUGAAUAACUGAUUUUCCUGACAUGGAUUUCACCUAACUUGAAGCACUGCUUCUGAGCACAACCAUUUUUUUUGACAGUGUGUUUUCAUUACUUGAUUCUAUAAAAAAAGCAUUUGUUGCCUAGCCGUCAUAAUGGCAUUUACCGUAACAAGCAUUAAUGCAGUUUAAGAUAUUUCAA